AGGCCAUGGCCGGACACCAGAAGGGGAAGGUGAUGCUAGAUGAGGUGCGUCACAACCAGAUCUUGCGGGAAUUGUACCUCAAAGAGUUACGAACCCAGAAACUCUACCCGGAGUACCACGUGAAUCCCCUGCGCAAGGUUCACACAAUCACCAGAAAGCCCAUGUCUUGGCAUGAUAACCUGGAGGAACCUGCAGAUGACAGGUUUCUGAAUCUUAUUCACCACACUGCCCAGGGGCCCAGGAAGAAGUACCCAGAGACACAGACUGAAAGCCAAGAAAUUGGGUGGUUCUCAGAGCCCUUGGUCAACCCAGAACGCGAUGACGCCAGGCUGAAUCACUUCACGGUCUACAGUGACAUCACUCUGUACAAGUCUAAAAUGUGGAGCUUGGGAGAAGAUGAUCGCCGCAAGUAGUUUGCCAGCAGUGGUGUCUGCCCACCUUCCAUGUGCAAAGUGUGUGCUGCCCAAAUAAAUAAAGGUCCUUCCUUGAAAGUCUAACCUUCUCCUA